AUGGCAUCUUCAAGGUCGUUAGGUCUUGGUACCUGGUCACUUUUUGUGCUUUCGUUUGUCUCUUAUGCCUGGGCCUUUUACAUCCCUGGUAAGCUUCGUCGACACAAGACUAGGGUAACUCAGCCGAUACUGACUUUGCUCUUCUCUGAUAUAGGAUACUCAGUCACUCGGUACAAUGACAAAGAACCAAUCCCCCUCCUUGUCAACAAGAUUUUCUCCGACCAAACGCAGCUCCAGUAUGCUUACUUCGACCUCCCUUUUGUCUGCCCCCCAAGUGGCAAGACUCAUGGCGGCUCGCCCUUUGGAUCUGGUCAGAGCAUAUCACUUAAUUUAGGUGAAGUGCUGCGUGGCGAUCGUAUCAUGACCUCCGAUUUUGAGCUCACCAUGGGCAAAGAUGUGGAAUGCCAAGCACUCUGCACCCGUGAAGUCACUCGCUCAAAUAUCAAAUGGGCUCGGAACCUGAUCAAGGAGAACUACGUGAUUGAAUGGAUUGUGGAUAAUCUGCCUGGCGCAACAAGCUUUGUGACCGUUGAUAGAAGCCGAAAAUAUUACGCCUCCGGAUUCAAGCUGGGUUACCGUGAUAUUUCCCCUUCUACGGGCCAACACCGCUAUUUCAUCAACAACCAUUUCACAAUCGUUAUCCGCUGGCGGAGCGCACCGGAAGGGGGCAAGGUGAUCAAUGGAUUCGAAGUAUAUCCAAAAAGUGUCACCUCGGCGGACCGCCAAGAAGGCGGUUGUCCAAAGGACAUUCACUCGGACCACGAAGGACUCGGUCUGUACAUUGCACCCGACAAAUCGAAGCUUAAGGAGAAAUACGCUGGCUUGUCUUACAUCCCAGAGGAUGACGAUGACGAUGAUGACGGGUCCACCUUGAGCAUCCCGUACACCUACUCGGUUUACUUCCGCGAAGAACCGAAGAUUGAUUGGGCUAACCGUUGGGAUCUGUAUUUCACCAACCAAGAAGAAGGCUCAAUGACACACUGGCUGGCGAUUGUCAACUCCUUGAUCAUCUCCACCGUACUAGGUGCCACCGUUUUUGUGAUAUGGAGUCGGACCGUACAAGGCGACAUCAAGGGCCGUGGCGAUGGAGCUAUGGAGGAUCGGAAACCAAAGGGCCAGUCCCACCGGAAGCGUUCAAGAGAGAAGAAGACGGAGGGACUGUUGGAUAAUGCCGACGUGGAAAACGACGCAGACAUGUCCUCUGACGAUGAACCUCUCGAGGACACUAGCGGCUGGAAGCUUCUUCAUGGCGAUGUUUUCCGAAUCCCCGCCUACAGUGGCCUUUUAGCACCACUUGUUGGGUCAGGUAUGCAGUUGCUAUUUAUGGCAACUGGUUUGCUUGCACUUAGUUGCCUGGGAGUCUUGAACCCAAGUUUCCGCGGUGGAUUUGUCAGCGUUGGCAUGGGACUGUUUGUGUUUGCUGGUUUAUUCUCUGGUUACUUCUCCGGCAGACUCUAUAAGACCUUCAGUGGAACCGCAUGGCGAAAGAAUACCUUGAUUACCGCCUUACUUUUCCCCGGACUGACAUUUUUCCUUAUCUUGAUCUUGAAUUUGUUUGUCUGGACUCAGGCUUCCAGCACGGCGAUCCCGUUCGGCACCUUGGUUGGCCUGCUUGCUCUUUGGUUGCUGAUUCAGGUUCCCCUCGUCUACCUUGGUAGCUGGGUUGGAUAUGUGCGAGCUAAGCCUUGGGAGCACCCUCUGAAGACGAACGCCAUUGCCCGCCAAGUUCCACCCCAGCCAUGGUAUCUGAGUGGCCCUGCCGGCCCUCUUUUGACAGGAUUGGUUCCAUUCGCCGUUCUCUUCAUUGAGUUGUUGUUUGUUUUCAAGAAUCUCUGGCAGGACAAGAGUGGCUACUACUAUGUGUUUGGCUUCCUGAGCGUAGUAUGUGCAGUUCUCAUGGUCACCAUCGUCGAAGUGACCGUCAUUGCAACUUACAGCCAACUCUGCUCCGAGAAUUACCACUGGUGGUGGCAAAGUUUCUUGACAGGUGGCAGCAGUGCCUUCUGGAUCUUCGCUUAUUGCAUCUGGUACUAUAUGUUCAAGCUGCACGUCACUGGAUUCGUUUCUACCCUGCUGUUCUUCAGCUACAGCUUUCUCGCCUGCACAGUGUACUUCUUGCUGACUGGAACUGUCGGAUUCCUGGCUGCAUAUGCCUUUGUGCGUCGUGUCUAUAGCGCGAUCAAGGUUGACUAA